GUACAAAGGCGGCGCCCCGCAGCACGGCUCCCCAGUCCCGUCCGUGACCGCGGAGGAGCAAGAUGUGUUGGAGGAGCUUCACGAGGUGUCUGGGCAUCGCCCUCAUACCCCUGUCUGUGUGCUGCAUCGUGGCCAAUGUCCUGCUCUAUUUCCCCAACGGAGAAACACGGUAUGCCAAGGAUAACCUCCUCACCCGGUACGUGUGGUUCUUCUCGGGGAUCGCAGGAGGGGGUCUCGUGAUGAUACUUCCGGCCGCCGUGUUUAUGAACCUGGGGGACUGCGACGGCUGCUGUGGGAACCGAGACUGUGGGAAGAGCUGUGCGAUGCUGGGCUCCGUGGUGGCCGCCCUCAUUGGACUGGCCGGCGCCAGUUACUGCUUCGUCGUCUCGGCCUUGACGCUCACCGAGGGACCGUACUGCAGGACGUCCGGAGACUGGGGGUACCCGUUUGCGAACCAGAGCGGAAAGUACCUGACGGAGCGCAGCACGUGGUCCCUGUGCCAGGAACCGGCGCACGUGGUGGAGUGGAACGUCACCCUCUUUUCCAUCCUCCUGGCGCUCAGCGGCGUCGAGGUGCUCGUCUGCGGCAUGCAGGUCAUCAACGGGCUGCUGGGGGGGCUCUGCAGGGCCUGUUACCACAGGAGUCAUUACAGCCUGAACGCCUGAGAUGUCCACUUGAGAGGAUAAACCCCCCCUCCACGUGGGGCCGUUCCACACCAGACCUUGGGACGACCCCUCGGCCCAUUUCCUCGCCUGCUGCAGGCGCAGAUGGAAAAAGUGACGCGUCCUCUCGUAGCGUAUCUUGUUUACAGCACAGGAUACGAGAGCAGCUCGCUUUGGUGAAAGUGCGACCCUUCGCGAACCAACCGUCCCUUGUAUUCAUUAUGAACCACCCCUCAUGCAUUCACAAUAUUAAUGUGCUAACAUCACUAAACUGAAGGUCUGGGUCUUUCGCAAAGGAAAUGUUGUACCGUACAAGUUUCUCGAUGUUCCGCAGAUGUUGUCUGCUUUAUCUAUAUCUGUUUCAAAUUUUUAAACAUCUGAAAAUUGCAUUUUAUUUUUUUAUGUUUUGCU